CGGCGCUUGUCCAUAGCGGGCGCCGCGGCCUGGGGUUGGGAUGUGACGGGCAGUGGGCUCCCGGCUCCUGGCGGUGACGGCUUUGAGCGGCGGCGACUGCGGCUCAGGCAGGCGGGUGAAGCCAGGACGCCGUGGGCUGCCGGCCGAGAGGGCCGCGGGAUGAGGAAGCGGACCGAGCCCGUCACCUUGGAGCAUGAGCGCUGCGCCGCCUCAGACUCGUCCUCCUCCGGCUCGGCCGCCGCGGCGCUGGACGCCGACUGCCGCUUGAAGCAGAACCUGCGUCUGGCGGGCAAGGGGCCGGCAGAGCCGCGCAGCGCAGCGGACGGGGGCAUGAAGCGGGCUCUGGGCAGACGAAAGAGCCUGUGGUUCCGACUGAGGAAGAUACUUCUCUGUGUUCUGGGAUUCUACAUUGCCAUUCCAUUUCUCGUCAAACUGUGUCCUGCGAUACAGGCCAAACUGAUUUUCUUGAAUUUUGUGAGAGUUCCCUAUUUCAUUGACUUGAAAAAACCACAGGAUCAAGGUUUGAAUCACACCUGCAAUUACUACCUCCAGCCAGAGGAUGAUGUGACUAUUGGAGUCUGGCACACCAUCCCCUCCAUCUGGUGGAAGAAUGCCCAAGGGAAGGACCAGAUGUGGUAUGAAGAUGCCCUGGCUUCUAACCAUCCCAUCAUUCUAUACCUGCACGGGAAUGCAGGUACCAGAGGAGGCGACCACCGUGUGGAGCUAUACAAGGUGCUGAGUUCCCUUGGCUACCAUGUGGUCACUUUCGACUACAGAGGUUGGGGUGACUCAAUAGGAACACCAUCGGAGCAGGGGAUGACGUAUGACGCACUCCAUGUUUUUGACUGGAUCAAAGCAAGAAGUGGUGACAACCCUGUGUAUAUCUGGGGCCAUUCACUGGGCACUGGAGUGGCAACAAAUCUGGUACGACGCCUCUGUGAACGAGAGACACCACCAGAUGCCCUUAUAUUGGAGUCUCCAUUCACAAAUAUCCGUGAAGAGGCAAAGAGUCAUCCAUUUUCAGUGAUAUACCGAUACUUCCCUGGCUUUGACUGGUUCUUCCUCGAUCCCAUUACAAGCAGUGGAAUUAAAUUUGCAAACGAUGAAAAUGUGAAGCACAUCUCCUGUCCUCUGCUCAUUUUGCACGCUGAGGAUGACCCAGUUGUGCCCUUUCAUCUUGGCAGAAAGCUUUACAACAUUGCUGCACCAUCUCGAAGCUUCCGAGACUUCAAAGUCCAGUUUAUCCCCUUUCACUCAGACCUUGGCUACCGACAUAAGUACAUCUACAAGAGCCCCGAGCUUCCACGGAUACUGAGGCAAUUCCUAGGGAAGUCAGAACCGGAACGCCAGCACUAAUACUGGCCCAUGAAGGAGCAUGAAGACCCACCCUCCUUCCCUUCUCCCCUGGACAGCAGUCUGGCAUCCAGGAGCCUGGUGUUCAAGAGCCCAGAGCGUGCCUAGAAAGAGGACUCAGACACCAUGGGCAGAAGCUCCAGACGGAUCUGUGAGGAAAACACAGUGGCAGGCAGGUGGCCCCUUGACCCUCUGGUGGCCACUCUACCUGAGCCUUCUGGGAAGGUUUACUGACAACAGGUGGACUCCAUAUGCUGAGCAUAGGAAGCUUGGGAAGGGCCCAGGAGCUCAGGACCACCCAGGCUCUCUGGUACCACCACUAAGACACAAGAAAAUGGUCCUUCCUGGCACACAGACUCCAAGUGGUUCAGUUUGUCCCCUUCAGCUUGUGUACCUGCUUGCCUUUCUCAGCUGUCCCUGCCUCUCCUGGCAUUUGCUCACCCACUAUAAGGGGCAUCUGGAUCUGCACUUCCUUCCAUUCUGCCCACCCGUCUGUCACCUAACCCGGCCAUAGACUGAGCAUUUAUUUAAGAAUAAAAUCUUGGUGGUGGUC